CGAAUACGGAACGGAGCGGGCUGCGUCUGAUGGCAGUAUUUUCAUCACUUCCGAGUGUUUAGGAUUUAUUUGAAAUGCCGAUUUCCGGUCACUGCAUAUUAGCGUAGGAGGAAAAAUGACGCGGCUGUGCCAUAUAUCAAUAAUAUUAUUUAUUUUAGAUUUAGAAAUGUUCCUAAGUCAUAAUCUCGAUAGCGAUGUAUUGUCUGGUGUUGCUAUUGAAGACCACGUGCGGAAAGAUUUUGAUAACGGUGAUGAGAAGACACCAAUUUACUCGGAAUGGGGAAGGUGGAAUGCAUGCCAAGCCGGUCGUAAAACUAGGCGGCGACACUGCUUACGUAGAAACAUUUGCGGCGAUUCUUUCAGAAUUGAAGUUGCUCGUUGCGCGGCACGUGAGUCGCGAGGACGGGAAGAUAGUGAGGAAGGACGUACGAAAAUUAAAGUGGUGGGUUUAAAGCAAUUAGACAACGGAGACGUCCAAAAGAGGUUUAUGGGAUUUUCAUCCUGGACCAGCUGGAGCACCUGCUCCAAAAAGUGCACUACUGUAAGGAAGAGGCACUGUCAAAGAUUUACAAUCUGUGGUCGAAAAGUAAUUAAACAGUCUGCAUAUUGUUAUUUGGAGGGAAGCUACUGCCACCUCUGGAUACGAGCUAAGAUGCACAGGCGAAAAGAUCAAGAUUACCGGGUAGAAUCUCUACCAACGCCAUCUCCAGCAAUCCAUGAAGAAGAUUCCAGAUCAUUUUCACCGCCUAUGACCUGUGGGCGGCUUGGAAGAUAUCGAGGAUCUUCGACAAGUAGACUAAAAGCACGUAUGCAAGAUAUGAUUAGGAUUAUUGGUGGAAGGCCUGCUCCACCUGGAAAAUGGAUAUGGCAAGUCGCUGUGCUAAACCGAUACAAGGAAGCAUUUUGCGGCGGUACACUGGUAUCCUUACGAUGGGUAGUCACCGCGGCACAUUGUAUACGAAAACGUCUCUAUGUGCGAUUGGGCGAACAUGAUCUCCUGGUACACGGCUAUGGUGAAGUAGAAAUGAGAGUCACUGAAGCGGUCAUUCAUCCCAAGUACGAUCCUGACACGGUCGUUAACGACGUUGCUAUGUUGCGCUUACCAGCACCUGCAAGACAGGAUCUGGGUCAUGGUAUCGCUUGCUUACCGAACCCCCACCAACUCUUGGCGCCUCAUACGACAUGUGUCAUUCUAGGCUGGGGUAAAAAACGGCCAUCAGAUGUACACGGGACUAGGAUUUUACAUGAAGCACAGGUAUCAACAAUACAGCAGGGUGUGUGUCGUCGUUCGUACUGGCAAUACGCUAUAACAGAUAACAUGGUAUGUGCUGGACGCGGUCGCCGCGACUCCUGCGCAGGGGAUUCUGGUGGUCCAUUACUAUGUAGGGAUAGAUCUAUGCGGUAUUACUUACAGGGUAUAACAAGUUUUGGUGAUGGCUGCGGGAAACGCGGAAAAUACGGAAUCUACACAAGAACUGCCAAUUACGUACCUUGGAUGCGUGCUGUCAUGAACAAGAAUUAUUUUGACGAUUAAAUUGAAUAACAGUUAACCCAUAAUACUGAAAAUCAACUGCCUGGCUACAACAACAAACUUAAUUUGUAAAGUACAAUACUGUAAUACAGUAAAGAAGAGCCCACACCCAGUAGUCUAGAUUAGUCAGAUAAAGUAAGUCGCAAGGCUUUGACAGGACAGGAUAUGUUUCCAAUUACAGAUAAUAUCACCUUCUUACGAUGUUUUAAGGUUAUUCAAUAUUCUAUGUACAAACUCGACUAUACCAUUAGUAAUUAGCGGCGCAAAUAGAGAUAUCAAUACAAAAACGUAUAUAAUAAAAUGUAUAUUGUAUUGUAUGCAUACCAAUUGUACUUCCCGUUAGGGUGUAUCAGCUUUAUUAGUAUUUUAGUUUUUACUCGUAUUUAAGUUAUUUUUCUUACUAAAUUUUAAUUAUUAGUAACAAUUAUAAUUUAUAACAUUAAUUGUGCCAGUACUCUGUAAGCCAAGUCUUAAUUUUCUAAUAAUUAAAAUCAGAUAACAAUAACAACUUGACAGUUGGUGCUAAUCAUAGACAGCGAAAAUUUGCACAGAUUAUGCCAUAACAGCAUUAAUGAAUGAUCUUAAAAAGUUCCAAUUCGAAUGUUCUUGUCAAUAUUAUACAACAUAUACCGAGUACUGGAGUUAUUAGUUCAAUACCUCAAUAAAUUUCUUAUAUUAACUUGUAAAUAUAAGCUAAAUCUGUUUGUUAUAUUCUAAUAUUGUAUUACAAAUUGGUUUCCUUUUUAUUUCGUAGACGUCCUUGUCUACACUGCCUACGUAAUAUUUAAUGACAUAGGCCAUUUCUACUAAGCGUCUCUCUAUUAUAUGUUAUGUAGAUCUAUGAACGCAAAAGCUGUACGGGGUUAAUAUCGUGAGGAAACUAGCAUAUCUUAGGCUAAAUACAUACAAUUUUAACUAACACUUACAAUAUAAAAUAUGGAAUAGAUAUGUAAAAAAUGUCCAAACUUCCUUAAUGUGUACUAAGUAAAUUCUUGGCCGGGAAAGAUUAGAAAUUAGAAUCCUUGUUGAUCAACACCUCAGAAAUUUUACGUAAGCAAAAAUCUACAAAUUAAGACGUGUGUCCAGUAUGGUCCACCUAUUUGAAAAAAAUAUAAUCAAUAAAAUUCAAACCGAAAUAUCUAUAUCGAGAAUAAGAUCUUUAAAGCGUUGUUUGAUUGUAUGUAUAAUUUAUUGAAGGUACAUUCCAUCAUAAAGAACAAAGUAUAACACGUAAUACCUAAUUUUACUGACAAAAUGCUGUGUGUUCACUUAUUUAAUAUCUCUUCGUACUUAGUUUUAGU